ACCAAUCCAUACAAAACCAAUUACCAACUAUCUCUUUUAAAUCCAAGUUCUUUAAAAGUAAAACUCACCAAUGGCUUACUUAAUCAAGAAUCAUAUUUUUUGCCUUACAUUACUACUCUGUCUCAUCACAUUUUCCACCUCAGCUCGAAUCCUUGAUGAAGCAGCUGCCCCUGUUGCUGGAACCGGGCCUUCUGGUGGGGCUGGUGUUGGAGCUAUCGGUGCAGCUGUUGGGCCUGGUGUUGGACCUGUUGGUGCCACAGGUGCAGCUGGUGGGCCCGGUGUUGGAGCUGUGGGUGGCACCGGUGCAGCUGGUGGGGCCAGUAUUGGAGCUGUGGUAAAUGGGAACCAUCCUGAUUUAAUCUUUUUCAUGCAUGACAUCUUAGGAGGAUCAAACCCAACAGCCAAAGCAAUAACUGGUGUUGUUACAAACCCUGCUGUUAGUGGGCAGGUACCCUUUGCUAAGCCCAAUGGCGCGGUCAUCCCAACAAACAACGGAAUCCCUCAAAACAACGACAACACUGGAAUAAUCAACAACAACAAUGUUCCAUUCCUAACCGGUCUUGGUGGUGGAAAUCCGAAUAUAAUGCAAAAUAAUGGUAACAACUUCAUAGGAGGAAAUGGAUUCCCUAUCAUGAAUGGUGCACAACUCUCUUCGGGAAACACCCUGCAGCAGCUUAUGUUCGGAACAAUGAUUGCUGUCGAUGACGAGCUAACUGAAGGACACGAAUUGAACUCAGGUAUGUUGGGACGUGCACAAGGGUUUUAUGUUUACAGCUCGGUUGAUGGAAAGACACAAACUCUGGCUUUUACUGCUAUGUUUCAAGAAGGUGGUUAUCACGACAGUCUAAACUUCUUUGGGGUUCAUCAGACUGCGGUUUCUGAAUCUAUUAUUGGUGUCAUGGGUGGGACUGGGAAGUAUGUUAAUGCUAAAGGAUAUGCUGUUGUUAAAACACUUCCUCCUGUUGAUGUACAUGAGACUGAUGGCCUUGAAACCGUGCUCGAGUUUUCAGUUUUUCUGACUUAUUGAUGUGCUUAGAUUGUGUAAUUGUUGUUGUUUAUGAUUUGUAUUACAUUGUGAAGUUUGUGUAGAAUGUGAAAGAUAUUUGAUUGUUUUGAAAAAUUUGUUUACAUUGUUAAAA